AUGUCUGCUCUGCGACUGCAGUUUUCCGCGAGUUCCUCCCACAUCCAAGGCUUCUCAAGCUCCACUGGCCAGCAACAGGAGCGCAACGCAAUAGAUGACGACUGCGAGAAGCAACGUCGAGCUGCGAAAGUUGCCGCGGCAGCACAGUGCAAUUGCCCAACGCCGUACUCUGACGAACGGGCUGCCGCGCUGCCCCAGAGACUCUCAACUAUAAAAAGUGAAGACGAAGGACAGGAAAGCGAUGGCGAGCGCGGCCACACCCAGCAACUGCAACAGCAGCAAACGCUGCAGCAGCGUCUAGCCGAAGGGAAGGUACCUCUGGUUGCUUAA